CAGAAUAUCCAAACACGCACCAUUGCUUUCAAUAAUUUCCCAGAUGUCUUUAUGCAAAGUUCUAUUGUUUUUAAGGAUUUCUCCAUUUUUCACAAUCAACAAUUGACCGCAUCCUGUUCUUAGAAACAGAGAAACUUCCCCUUCACCAGCUGCACAACGGAUAUAAAGGGUUUCCCCAGGAGACCAGAAGCCAAUUUGAAGAGGAGAAGAGAUCGGGAAGAAAUCCGCCAGCCUUUUUCUGCAGCCCCAGCAAGAUGCAGUUCUGUGCAGUAGACCAGCCGUACCUGACAACGAAAGCCUUCCAAACCAGCAAGGUGGAUAUCCAGGUAGCAGCGACCAAGAAUGAGCCCCUGAAGAGCUUCAGGAAGGCGGUGCUGAUUGUCAUUGCGAGUGAGACCCUGAGGAAGUGUCCUGCCAGGCUCUUCUCGGAUGAGGAUCUGUUGGACAUUCUAAGCACAAUCUUAGAACCGGUCACUUUCGACAUCAGCAGCUCCACCGAAGCCACCAGUUCCAUCUAUCACUUCUGGAAGAAUAUCGUCUACAACAUCCAAGAUACUGACCACAAGUCCUUCGUCUUCAAGGAGCCGGCACAGUUGGUGGCCAUGCACCUUCAGGGCCUCAACAUGGAACAAGCAGUGAAGUUAAAGAUGUCUGUGUAUCGUCCCAAAAUCGAGGCUGGAACUCCAAAGGUCCCUGUGGUCUUGAGCAUCCAGAGGGGGAGGUUUUAUAUUUCUUGCGUAUCGAAAGAUGGACAGCCGGUGCUGCAGUUGGAGGAAGCCACCAUCCAAGGGAACCUGGACAAAUCUCAGCUGGGCCGUUUCCUUUUCUACAAAAUUGAGAACGGGAAGCACACCCGGUUCGAAUCCGCCGAGUGCCCAGAAUGGUUCAUCUGCACCUCCAGCCAGAAUGACGAGGCCGUUGCCAUGACCAAGCAGCCUGGGGGCCCUCGGGUCAUCGUGGAUUACAGCCUCACCAGCUAGUGGACCGAGACUCCAGACUUCGCCAGGCUCCCGGAUCUCUUGGCCAGGCAAAGCAACAACGCAGGACGUCUCCAUUGUCGGGGACCUUUUCUUUGGCUGGAAAGUCUUACUGCAAACUGAGGGGGGGGGUGUCAUUGGUGGGAUUCAACUUUUUUGCUACAGGUUCUGUGGG